AUGCCCGAAUAUGAGAAACGCGCUACAUACGAUUUCCAUGCCCCAGAGCCAACACACACAGAUCGCAAUGUCGUUAAACCACCCCCACACCAGAGCUGUGGAUCCCAAUCCGAAUCCCCAGUGCAGGUUCGGGCAUUCCCCUCAUCAGAACACAACAUUGUUCCCAAAUCAUCGGCCGCAAACCCUUCGACAAUCCCACUGCCACCAAUAAAAGCAAAAAGCAUCCAUCCACUUUGUCUCCGCACCCACUAA